UCAAUGCAUUUAUAUCACCAAGACGACGUCGUGGUAAUUUAUAACGUGAAAAUCACCAAACAACGUCGUUUUUGCAGAUUCCUUCGGGACUUCACAAAAACCUCAGUGUCUGAGUCUGAGGACGGCCAUCGUCGGCUUCGUUUUAGGGGUUUUUAAUCUUGAAAAUGGCGAAUCUUAUGCACAGAUUUCUUAGGAACCAGUCUUGUUUAAGAGCAAUCCCGAAGCUCACCACCACUACGUAUCUUUUAAAGCCUAGCAUCGGCAACGUCGGCGAGUCUGUAUCUGUAGAAUUCGAUCCUGUUCCACUUACCAAUCCAGUGAUUAACGUCGCCGGAACUAAAUCUCUCCGGUUUUACCCUAGUUUCCCAAUUGGUUACGGGUUUAACCCGACUCUGAUUCGUGAUAAUUCGGGUUUGAUUAAAACGGUCGAUGCGGUGGAGGAGGACACGGUGAUUUAUGCAGAUAGUGUGAAGAAGAAGAGGAAGAAGAAGAUGAAUAAACAUAAGUAUAGGAAACUUAGGAAACGUCUUGGACGCAAAUCCAAGUAGAGGUUGCUUUGUUUGAUUCGAUUCCCCUUUUUGCUAUAUAUUCCGGUGAGGAAAGUUUGAAACGUUCGUCUUUUAAAUAUUUGGGGAUUUCAAACUCUGAAUCAUGUUUUUAUUGAAUUAGAUCGAUAAAUUUUACAGUCAGUGUUAAUCGUUGCAAUGAUUGCUCUGUGUUAUAGCUUCAACGGAAUGUGCUUACGAAUGGGAAUGUUCCAAGUUUGUG